AUGAAGUCUCCGUUCCAUCAAAUCACCGUCCACCGUGACACCAUCCCGCUCACGGCGUUUGUUACGUCUUCUGGGAUUUCUGAGUGGAAGAAAAUGCCUCAAGGUAGUUCUGCCACUCCUGGAUGGUUUUGUAAGGUCGUCAACGAAGUCAUCACCAACCUUCGCGGUGUCGCUUCGUACUUGGACGAUUUGCUUGUUUUUGAUGAGACCCCAGCUGCUCAUGUAGCAACCAUUCGCUCUCUUUUCGAAAGAUUGAGUUUGCACAAUUUGAAAUUGACGCCUCCCAAAGCGCCACUAUUUGCGCCACGGAAGCGGAAUUUCUCGGGCACACCGUCUCUCCAGACGGUGUCAGGCCUAAUGGUGACAAAGUUGCUGCGCUCACCAAAGUGCCUCUGCCCAAAGACACCAAGCAGCUUUGCGCUCUCCUGGGAGGUCUGAACUUCUACCGGAGGUUCCACAAAUGGCUAAGCGUGUCCGUCCCCUUACUAACCUUCUCAAGGAGAACGUGCGGUUUGAGUUCACGGAUACUAUGGAAUCCCCCGUUCGGGAUCUCCUUGCCGAAUUGGCAACUCCGCCAUUUUUGAUAUAUCCAGACUGGGAUGCCGUCUCUGACGGUCGCGGCCCUUUCCGCCUCUAUCGUGACGCGAGCCGCCAUGGGUUUGGUGGCACUCUUGAACAAGAGCAACCUGAUGUUUCUAUUCGGCCUAUCGUUUUCGUCAGUCGAGCGACUUUGGAGUCGACAAUAAGCGUCAUUGGACUCCUCGAUCUAAAUGCCGGCAGCAUCACUUGGUGCAUUAAACGUCUUCGUGGGUAUCUCUGGGGUACCCACUUUCAAGAUUUUCACCGACCACAAGUCUCUCAAGCAUUUGGUGAAAUUUCGUGACAACAACGCCCGUGUACAACGUUGGCUGGAGUUUCUCACCGCGUACACCUACACUCUUGAGUACCGCAAAGGUUCCACGAAAGGUAACGCCGACUUCCUUUCUCGCUUGCCCAUGGAAGCUACCGAGCGUGACCGUUCUGGUCGCAGUCGUUUGACUCCAACGGCAUUCGAUGAGGCUGUAUUUUUCAUCCGUAUUUGCGGUCUUCUGCCUUCUGGCACCCGUGCGGGUGUUGACUUGGGUAGGCUCCUUCCGUCUGUUUUGAGCUUUGUUUUGGGUGGGCUAAAACCUUCUCCCGCUCACUUUGCUGACUUUCGGGACCAUGGUCCGCGAAUGACUAGUCUACCCCUGACGCUUCUUCCGGGUAAAAGUUGGUGCCGGACUUGCCGCCGACCGUCACCGGUGCCUUGGGUUAUGCGGUUGGUCACAAUCGUCCUCCCUUGGUUCCGUCCGACCAUCCUGUUUUCCUGCCCGCACAAGACUUUCCCGUGGAAAAUGGGGGCGACAACGUGCGUGUUCCCUCUUGCAGAGUCUCGCGCCCACCUUCACUUGAUCCAGACGAAGUGAUUUCAACACGAACAUGUAGGCGUACGGCAGCUGUUAAUCGGGUUUGUCGGGCUCUGAGGAUACGCCUCCUGAACCUUCGGUGACCACUCCUGUGACUGUUGCACCUAGUGCAUCUCCUUCGUCGGAUCGCCGAUCGAUGGAUUCCGUCAGUCCGACGCCCUCGGGCCAGGUUUCGCUAGCCACUACUCGCGUGAGUGCGUCCACAUCGGCGUCCACAUUGGCUGGGGUUCUAUGUUGCCACGAAUUUCAUUUUACGAGCGCGGUACACUCACAAGAGUAUAAAUUAAGUAUAUAUAUGAAGUAUAGACUGCACUCCAUGCUCAUCCAUCAGCUCCACUUAUACAGCGCGACCCCAACGAGAAAACUAGUUUUGCCUGCGGGAAACGCUCACUGCAUAUGUGGUCUGCCUGCCGCCGUCUCUGGGAGUAGCAAGGUUGGUACCAUUCGCCUGGAAUGUGUUUGGCUAAAGCCACAUUUCUCUCUGGAAUUCCUGACCACGACGACUCCUUCAAUGUCAAGACAAAACUACAAUAAAGGCGAACCAGAGAGCUCCUCACGACCAAGGUUCCUGUUGGAUUCCUCCUGCAGUCCGCUAUCGCACGUUGUCGUCGCGUCAUUUCGUUCUUCAGAUUUAUUUUCUGAAGUGAGACCAUCACAACCACGAACAUACGCCAUGUAACUCGGCAUUUCAGGUUUAGGUUUAGUUUUUUAGGGUUAAGGCUAAGGUUAGGUUUAGGACUCGUCUUUUUAUUAACAGCUUCUCCAACCCAUCCUUAUUACAGAGCUGUUGCAUGCCAUGCGUACCUCCAUUCGAUAAACGGAACUGCACCUAUCCGUGCAGGUGUUCAGAUCAGACAAGAUAUGGCUCGACAAGACGAAGCAAGGCGAAAAUACAUCAGACUACCUAAAAUACUCCCGCAUGUACGGCGGCAGAGCGUGUGCACCACCGGAGCAGCCGCAGAUGAUAUUCAGCUAUUUAUGGUGUGGCGAUAUCGCAUCGGCAAUGAAUUUCAGACAAACCAUUCCACAAGUAGGGUCCGACGACUUGAACGUGUGUUUCAUUUAUUGUUUUUUCUGCUGCAUGCAGUCACUACUUUGCAGAACCGGGGGGAAUGUUUGUAUGUUUGUGAUUCUCCUCAGUAGUGCUGGUUUGUUCGGAACUAAUCUGCCGCCAUCAUCCCCUCCGAACGCGCGACCUGCCCUGCACCACUGCCGAGUCAAUCCUCUCGGAGCGACAAUUGUUCUUCCCCCAAGUCAGGCGGACGCAAACAUCGAAGCUCGAGCCGCGGCCAGCCGGAAAAGAUGGCGGAAGGCGACCGCGGCGGAGGCGUGCGAAUUGUCCGCGGGGGGGAAAACAAUGGCUUGGGCAAUGGGUUAUUAAGCGCUGGAGCUUGAUGAUGCGCCGGCAAAUGUAGGGGUUUCGAGUAUUGUUUUGUUUUGGUAUUAGAUUGGAUUUUGUGUUGAUGUUGUCUUUGUUUUGGUAUUGGAUUUUGGUUUUGGUUUUUGAUUUGGUCUGGACUUUCGGACUGGAACUGUUUGGUAAUGGAUUUUGAUUUGGUUUUGGUAUUAGCUUUUCGGAUUUGCAUAAAUAUUGUUUUUUCUUGAGCUUUCGACUGGAUGGACUUUGAAUGUGUUAUUUUGGUCUGUGUUUCUGACUCCAACCCCUUCUCAAAUCAGGGGGGCAGAUCCCCCCGAGAAGAGGGGCACACUAUCCUUUCAGGAGGAGGAACGGAAAGCUGAUGUUUGGUUUCUGGAGUGUUACAAUCAAGAAAUAUUCGCGUUUCACCUGCGGAAGUUGUCUUGACGUUGACCGAAUGUUUUGGGGAUAUUGUUUGAUCGGAAUUGUGAGAGUAGCAUUCGUUCCUGGUCGCGUUUUAUCUGCGAACUGGGUACAUUCUGUGUGUUCGGAAGCAUCAAACAUGCAUAUUUUAUCCCUUGCGAAAUUCAUGUUGUCUUGGUAUUCAUGUAGGAUUUGGGGAUGACUGUAUGCAUCUGCAGUAUUUCGAAGGCGAUUAUCCAGGAUUGAUCAUUGUUUUGGAAAAGAAUGAUGGAAGAGUUCUUCCAUAAUUAUGUUAACAUGAAUGGGUUGUUUAAUGCCUUUGAGACGUAAGGGAUGAAAUGUAUGGCGAAUACAAAUGCGACGAGAUGCAGAGAGAGCAGAUGGACCAAUAGCAAAGCGUUUUCUGAGUUGAAGGAUGAAGUGUGCUAAGAGACGUUUUUGGUUCAGGAAUAUUUGCAUAAUCGAGUUUUUGGUUCAUUGUUUGUCACGGACGAAUAGGAACGACGUUUUGGUUCGUAAGUGGAUUUAUGUUGCCUUGCCGUAUCAUUACGAUGCAUACGAGCAGGGGGGCUGUUAGAUAUACUCGUAGCAUAGUAAUGUGGUUGAGUAUGGGACAUGGAUCUACGGAGAUUGCAGUUGGUAGAUCGCGGAGGAACAGGGAGUUUCUGCUUGGUUUCUUCGGAGAUUCGAUGAGUGAUCUGAAUUGCGUGACGGAUAGGUGUGGUGACGCACUCUUCGGCUGCUCGGCCUCGAGUGGUCUCUGCCCUUCCCUCUUCCCUCUAAUACAAGACUUUCCCAUCUCGGCCCUCACUGGCCGAGCUGCCUUUCUCCACAAACCUACAAGCUUCGGCCUACCCGGUUUAUC